AUGCCGUUCAACAUCGCCGCCCUCGGCCUGCCCUCGAAGCGCCUUGUGGCCUCAUACAUUCUCGACUGGAUCGUCAUCAUCGGUAUUGCAGCUGUCGGCGCCGGCUGGAAUGACAUUAAGCCUUACCACCGUCCGUUUUCUUUACUCGAUCUUUCCAUUUCCUUUCCGCACACCGACCCGGAGACCAUCCCCACCUGGUUGCUCGUUGUCGUCGCUCUCGUCGUUCCCGCCGCUGCCAUCUUCUUCGUGGCUUUGGUCUUCGUGCCCGGCCCAACCGCCAACCCUUCGACCCCGAAGACGCUGAUAUGGCGCCGCAAAUUCUGGGAGUGGAACACUGGCUGGAUGGGGCUUGGACUUAGCCUCGCAACUGCCUUUAUGCUUACCCAGGGCUCGAAGCUUCUCUUCGGCAAGCCGCGCCCUGAUCUGCUUGACCGCUGCCAGCCCGACCUUUCUAAGCUCCAAAGUGCCACGACGGGCGGCUAUGGCCAGGAUAUCUCUCCUCGCUGGGUGCUCGUCACUUCCGAGAUCUGCACGCAGACUGACAUGGACAUCCUCAAUGAUGGCUUUAAGAGUUUCCCCAGCGGCCAUGCCUCUUUUGCGUGGUCUGGUCUCCUCUAUCUCUUCCUCUUUCUCUGCUCCAAGUUUGCCAUCGCCAUCCCCUUUCUCCCACCACGCCCCUACUCGGCCAACCCCAACCAUACGGCUCUGGAGCGCGAGCAUCGCCUUUCAUUCCCGCUUCCACUCCACCACCAGAACAGCAGCAAGCGCGCCUCGCUCGACACCAACACCGAAGGCAGCAACCCAGCAGUCGUCCCCAUCCGCAACCAAGCCGCGGCGCCGCCGACCUGGGUGCUCGUGCUCGCGCUGGUGCCGCUGGGCGCCGCCAUCUACAUCACCGCCUCGCGCUUCUUCGACUUCCGCCACCACGGCUUCGACCUCAUCGUCGGCUCGUCGAUCGGCAUCGUCUGCGCCUGGUUCUCGUUCCGCUGGUACCACCUGCCCAUCCGCCAGGGCGCCGGCUGGGCCUGGGGUGCCCGCAGCAGGGAUCGCGCUUUCUGCAUUGGCCUGGGCAUGGGCAGCUACGUCGGAACCGAAGGUUGGGGUAGUGCAAAGGAUGACAGGCAGCCUGUUGGACCGGACCCGGAUCUGGAGCAGGGCGGUGCUGCGGCUGCAGGUAUGACGAGCUUGAAUGGGCCCGGGCUGGAUGGACAGAGGGAUAGUGGGGUUGAGUCGAGUGCGUAA